AUGCGGCGGUUCCAGCGGGGAAAGCUGCUGAUCAGCGCGUCAUUAGGAAUAAAAAAGACAAAAACAAAUAUUCCAAAGAUCGCGCCAAAGACACGCUCGUUCGUGCAGAAUCAGCAGAUACACUCCGCAAGGCGCCGACCCAUUGCAGCUAGUGCCCAAAGCCCAGCAGCAGCUGCUGCAGCGCCAUUCCCAGCCCCUCAAACGCAACGCAAAAGCAAAACUCCAAAUAAAAAGCAGAAAAAAAUAAGUUUCGGGCUACUGGAACUCGGGAAAAAGGAAAGAACGGACUUCAGCAUCGAAGCCAGGGCUGAGGCCGCCGCCCAGCCAACGAGCACCGGCGCCGCGGAAAACCGACUUAAUUAG